AGGUUGAUCCUGUAGUUCCCUCCCACCACCUUCCAGCAUGUAUAUAAAUUGUCAGCUCUCCAGACUCUUUGCCAGUUCUCUCUUCUAGACUUGUGAGAAACAGCAGAGGACUAAAGAUGAAGAUCUUUUUCUUAUUCACCUUUUCUACUAUUUUCUUGACAUCUUUUGAACAAGCAUCUGCAUCUGCUCACUAUGACAAGAUUUUAACUCAUAGUCGAAUAAGGGCACGCGACCAAGGCCCCAAUGUCUGUGCCCUUCAGCAAGUUAUGGGAACCAAAAAGAAAUACUUCAGCACCUGCAGAAACUGGUACCAGGGAGCCAUCUGUGGAAAGAAAGCAACUGUCUUAUACGAGUGCUGUCCUGGAUAUAUGAAGAUGGAUGGUAUGAGAGGAUGUCCUGCAGUUGCUCCUAUUGAUCAUGUAUAUGGUACUCUUGGUAUUGUGGGAGCUACCUCCACUCAGCAGUAUUCUGACAUGUCAAAACUGAGAGAAGAGAUUGAGGGACGAGGUUCAUUCACUUUCUUUGCACCAAGCAAUGAAGCAUGGGAGCAAUUAAGUUCAGAAAUUCACAGGAAUUUGGUUGACAAUGUAAAUAUUGAAUUAUAUAAUGCUCUCCACCACCAUAUGGUAAACAAGCGCAUGUUGACAAAAGAUCUUAAGAAUGGCAUGACAUUAGUGUCCAUGUAUAAUGGCCAGAAAUUGCUUAUUAACCAUUAUCCUAAUGGGGUUGUUACUGUUAACUGUGCCAGGGUCAUCCAUGGCAACCAGAUUGCUACCAAUGGUGUUGUUCACGUUAUUGACCGCGUCCUGACUCCUGUUGGAAAUACCAUUCAAGAUUUCAUUGAAGUAGAGGAUGAUCUUUCGUCUCUCAGAGCUGCUGCGAUCGCAUCAGAUGUCUUGGAUACUCUUGGAAGGCCUGGUCAUUACACACUCUUUGCUCCUACUAAUGAAGCUUUUGAGAGUCUUCCAAGGGGAAUCUUAGAGAGGAUCAUGGGUGACAAGGUGGCCUCUGAAGCUCUUGUGAAGUUCCAUAUUUUAAAUACUCUUCAGUGCUCUGAAGCCAUAAUGGGUGGAGCUGUCUAUGAAACCUUGGAAGGAAACACACUUGAAGUUGGCUGUGAUGGUGAAACUCUGACUGUGAAUGGAGUAAAGAUGGUGAAACGCAAGGAUAUUGUGACAAGCAAUGGCGUUAUCCACCUCAUUGAUAAAGUGCUAAUUCCUGAUUCCGCCAAGCAGGUCAUUGAGCUUGGGGGUGCCCAGCAGACUACUUUUACAGACCUGGUGGCACAGCUGGGACUGGCAUCUUCUCUAAGACCAGAAGGCCAAUACACUCUCCUGGCACCUCUGAAUGGUGCUUUCUCAGAUGACACCUUACAGAUGGAUCAGCGCCUUCUUAAAACAAUCCUGCAGAAUCACAUUAUAAAAGUGAAAAUUGGGCUCAAUGAACUAUACAACGGACAAGAGCUGGAGACAAUUGGAGGAAAACUGCUCAGAGUCUUUGUGUAUCGCACAGCUGUAUGUGUUGAAAAUUCAUGCAUGGUCAGAGGAAGUAAAGAAGGAAGGAAUGGUUUUAUUCACGUCUUCAGACAAAUCAUCAAGCCAGCAGAAAAAACAUUGCACGAAAUGCUGAGAAAUGAUAAGCGUUUUAGCGUUUUCCUCAGUCUGGUGAAAGCUGCAGAUUUAGAUGAUGUUCUGUCACGGCCUGGAGAAUGGACUCUGUUUGUUCCAACUAAUGAUGCCUUUAAAGGUUUGACCGAUGAUGAUAAGGAUAUAUUGAUAAGAGAUAAAAAUGCUCUCAGGAACAUUCUCCUUUACCACUUGACACAAGGAGUUUUCAUUGGAAGUGGCUUUGAGCCCGGUGUGACAAACAUUCUUAAAACUAUCCAAGGAGGGAAGCUCUACUUGAAAACAGUGAAUGAUACUCUUCUGGUUAAUGAACUGAAAUCAAGAGAAUCUGAUCUCAUGGCAACUAAUGGUGUCAUUCAUGUUAUUGAUAAACUUCUGUAUCCAGCAGAUCUGCCUGUUGGAAAUGAUCAACUGCUCACAAUCCUGAAGAAGCUGAUCAAGUACAUACAAAUCAAGUUUGUUCGUGACAGUACCUUCAAAGAGAUUCCACUGACAUUUUACAAAAUUAACAUAAUUGAAAGCAACGUCCAGCCCAUCAUCAGAAAGGAAGACCCAUCUAUUACACAGCUCACUAAAUUAAUUGAAGGGGAACCUGAGUUCAAAAUAGUCAGGGAAGGGGAGACAAUAACUAAAGUGAUACAUGGAGAACCAAUUAUUAAAACAUACACCAAAAUCAUUGAUGGGCGACCUGUGGAAGUGACAGAGAAGGUAACAGAAGAAAGAAUUAUUCAAGGUCCUGAAAUAAAAUAUACCAGAAUUACUGCAGGUGGUUCAGAUAAUGAAGAAAAAUUAAAGAAAUUUCUUGAAGAAGAGGUUACCAAGGUGACCAAAUUUAUUGAAGGUGAUGGUCAUUUACUCGAAGAUGAGGAAAUCAAAAGACUUCUGCAGGGAGAAGCACCUGUAUGGAAAGUACAAGCAAACAAGAGGACACAAGGGGGAUCAGCAAGAAGGAGGACAAGACUAGCUUAUUCUUAAAAGCUUUUCAAGAUAAAAUCCACAGAAUUACAAAUUAACGGCAUGGUCUUUGAGAUGAAGAGAAACUGUUUUGAAAAAAGAAUAUUAGAAAACAAUGUGUUUUGAUAACAAUGUAAACUGAACCAUGAAUCCACAAAAAGAUGUGAAAAUGUAGAUGCUCACUACUGGCAUAAUUCUCACAAGGUGCUGUAAUUGCUCUUGAUAGUAAGCAUUAUGCAAGGUGGGAUUCUGGAACUGCUAAAGGCACAAACAAAACUUCCAUCAGCUUCUGUAGAACCAGGAUUCCCUUUUAAGCUGGCUAGUAAGUGCUUGCACGAUUGGAUUCAAAAAUAGCAGGGAACAAUGCAGAAUGUAUUUUUAUUAUUAUUUUUAUUUCUACUAAAUGAGAAAUAUAAAUGAAAUUAGAUCAUUUCUAGGAAAAAAAAAUCAGAUGACUUUUAGAAUAAGUAAUGUAAGGAAAUAAGAGUGUUAAUGUAGCACUUUUGGUUCAGUAGUAUUGUAUGUUUUUUGUAAGUCAAAAUUCAUAGCAUUUUUAAUGUAAUACUGACACCAGUAACAUUACCUUUUCUAAACAGACAAAUAUUAUAUGUCUAAACAGACAAAUGUAUCUUUUCUUGUUCUACAUCACAUAUCCAAAUGCCUUCUGGUAACAUGGCUAAUGGAAAAUCUUAACAAGGGAAAAAGAAAAUGUUAUAAGCUUCCUAAAGUGUAUUUGUGAUCAUGCUGACCUUUAUUUAUAUGAAAAAAUAAUUCCCAUUAAAGGAAUCCUAUAACAACAUAUAUACUGAAAUUCUUAAAUGUUUUCUGACUUUUCCCUAAAUAUGUCUUUUGAUUCUAAAAGUGGAUUAUAGAAGGGAUAAUUAAAAUGCAUGCAAACAGUUAUCUCUGCGUGGAAAAAGGUGUUACAAAAAUGAGCCUAGGUCUGAAAGCUUUUAUAUCAAAACAUGCUUUGCUAAUGUCUGGUACUAAUGUGGAGUUGUCUGUAAAUUAUGUCAUUUUUAUAACUAGUUUUGUACUCAUAAAAAUUGUUUGCCUUUAUUAAUGAAAGUUGGAAAACAAUUACUCAUGGAGUAAGAAAAAACAUGUUCAAAGUGCCUUAAUUCUGCAGACCAAAGUUUAAGAGGAGUUAUCUGAUGUGCUUUUAUACUUCUGUUUUGAAAGAAAUACUCAAUAAACAAGUUGUCUAAAUGUC